AUGCCUUCCAACACAAACUCUACUACGCAGCCAUCCCCUGCGCUGCGUAGGCCCCGCCGUCCGUCUCGGUUAUCAAGCCAUUCUGGAUCUUUCCCUUCUGCAAGCACAUCUGCUUCGCCCACAAGGUCGUAUCCCUUUGCUGAAUCAUCAAUCUCCGGCAUCAUCCCUCCUCAUUUCGCCGACAUGCCGUUCGUUGGAACACCCUUCACCCUUGGAGAGCGGCCAUAUGAAUACCCUUUCCCCUCGCCCGCCACUGAAUCUCUCCCAAACCUUCCUAUUCUUUCCGGCUCUUCGGCGCUCAAGCAUGCAUAUCAUCCUCGAACAUCAAGUGAAGGCAACGAUUCGCCUCCCACCUUGUCUGGAACUGGCCUCGUCAACGCGGCAUCGGCCCUGGCGAAUCACGUACAUCCGCCAUCUUCCUAUGUUCGACCUGUUGCAUCUCUCCUGAAACGGCGAGCAUCGUCUACAGGUAGCCACUCAUCCGUGAGCUCCAACGGCGCUGUGCUUCACCACUCUGCGGCUCUUGGACUCGGCCAGGAGCCACCCGUCCCACCCGGUCUACUGGCACGCGAUACGGGCCCUCUUAGCCCUCGAUUGCGGGGCGAGACUGCUGCCGCCUCGUGGAGACGACCCCAUAAGCCUAGCGAGAACAAGUGA